UUAGAUCAGAAUACUCAGUUCCGUGAUACAACCUCAACCCUCUAGACAUCUAAACAUGAAGAGGUUUAUCUCCGCCGCAGUACUCUCCGCCCUAGCCGGCUCCGCCGCCGCAGCUUCAGAGGGCAUGAAUCCUGCUUUAGAACAGACACUUGAAUUUGUUGCCAGGGCGUCAUCAACCUCCGAGGUUCUUACCCUUAACCUCACCAACCUCCUAAUCCUUCUCGUCCUCAAGGCCAUCAUCUUCGGAUUCGGUCUUUUCACCGUCGGUGGAGCUGGAAGAUCAGUCGAUUCUACAUCUAGAGCCAUAACUGAAACUGAUAUCUCCGGUGGAAUGUGCUUCCUGAUGUACACCAGCGGAGCUGAAGAUAAGCUUGAUUGUGUAAAGAGGGCUGCCUGCGAAGAUCCCUACCUAGCCGCCGACUACUACACCGCCUCCAAGAUGUGGUACAACAUGCACAAGCUCAUGAAAUCCGUCGUCCCCUUCCACGAGAAGUACCAGACCAUCAUGUUCGCUGUCCAGGAAGCAUCUGACUUUGGUAAAACCGGUUCCGAUUGCUCUGUUUACGAAUGGUAAACAAACAAACUGAACUAAAAUCAAAACAAAAACCAGUUAGAAAUCUACGAACUCUGAGUUAUACCAUCUUUAAAUGAGACUCAUCCAAUAUGGCGGAUUCAAAAUUGCGGAUGAAACAAAAUCAGCUGUGAGCCAGAAAACCAUCCUCCCGGCAAGGCGCUUACAGUAAAAAGUACCUGUACCGUAUCGUACACGACUGUAUGUACGGUAAAGUGGUAUGAACUGUACUGUACAGUACAGAGCCGGGGCCCUAUGUAUCUACUAUGUAAGAACCUCCCUUAUCUACCUAUCAGCAUUCAUCUCCUUGUUAAGUAAACAAAUAUGUAAACAAAUAUGUAAACAAAUGUUUCGUGGUCAUGAUAUUAGUUGUUAUUAAGCUUGUACAUAUAGUCAGCACGUACGGAUGUACCAUCAUGUACAAAUGUACAAUGUGUGCAAGCAAUUCUUAGAUUUAUAUAAUAAAACACUGACGGACUGUUAUAA